UGCAUCAGUGUUACGCCAAUUCGAUUGUAACCCAACUACGUUCAUGCAUGAUGGAGGAUGUCAGCAUCGUCUUGUUCCUUUGCGUGUCGGGAAUUUGUUCAUGUGGAAGUCCCCCAGCAUAGGAUUAAUCUGGUACCGGCCCACCAAACCUGGCCGCUAUUUUUGAGUCGAUGCUGGGGUGAUUCAUUCAGGGGCCGGUAAAAGGAAUUCCUUCGAGCUCUUUCAGGCAGGAUGAGUAGGUUUCGUCCUGCUUACAGAACCAGAGAUGGAGCAGUGGGAUGUUGUGAGAUUGAAGCAAUGUCGAUGGCAGGAAACUGAUUUUAGUUUAGACUGGAUUCGCGUUUUGUGCACCUGAUGGCGAUCGAAGCAGAGGAGACUUCGAUCCCGGUGGAGUGGGUAGAUGCCGACGAGUGGGAGGUCAUCGAGCAAGCUUUUGCGACAGCGACUUCGCAUUCCGCGAGGGUGGAUUCGAGAGCUUGCUGUACAGAAAACGAGCAACUGGCCAACCGUGUUACGGCGACUCUUGAGCAUGAGCAGAAUACUGUCCUCAAGGUGGCAUGCAUUGAUACUGUGGUUUCUAAAACGGACGGCGAGGGUUUAGCGACCGAGGCUUCUGGGUCUUCGGGACUUUCAAAUUUUCAAUUGGACGCUUUAAACACAAAUCUAGAAAGUGUGGAUGUAAAGAAUGAGACAGUAGUGGAAAUAUUGAACCAAGAGGUCUUGGAUGGUCAUACCAAGAGGCUCCGAAGGACGCUGCCCUCUUGGGCUCAGAAGAGUGUUAGAGAACCAAAAACACACGUUCAGGCAUCACAAUCAGAAGUAAAAAUCAAAGAAAACCAGGUUGAAGAGAAAUCAACAGUGGUUCAAACUAAUAUAAGCAAGCUGACGAAUCCAUGGUUGAUAGGACGGCCUGGUUGUGGAGAUAAGCUUCAUUCCAAGGCUCUUUACCUGCAAUUCAAGGGCCGCCUUGUGUACAGCAAGACCCAUUCUGAGGUUGAUGCAGCUGUUCAUGAUAUUUGGGAGAUGAUCAAUUCAAAAAGGUCACUCGUGGAAGGGAAUGUUGCAGUUGGUUUUGACGUGGAGUGGAAGACUUCUUUCCGGAGAGAUGUAGGUUCUGGGAAAGUGGCGGUCAUACAAUUAUGCUUGGAUUACAGCAGAUGUGAUGUGAUGCACAUUAUUUAUUCCGGCAUUCCAUCAUCCCUUUACGCAAUUUUGGAAGAUCCUACAAUUUUAAAGACAGGAGUAGGGAUACACGGAGAUGUAUCAAAGCUGCAAAGAGAUUAUAAAUUAAAAAUCCAAGGAGUUGUGAACCUCUCUGAAAUCGCAAACCAAAAGCUUGGAAGAUGGCAAUCUUGGAGUCUCUCCUCCCUUUCUCAAGCGCUUACAUGUAAACAGGUAGAGAAAGUGCCCAAUAUUCGUUGUGGAGAUUGGGAAGCCUGUCCACUUUCGCCACCACAACUCCAGUAUGCAGCCACAGAUGCAUUCGCGUCCUUAUAUUUAUAUCAGAUAUUGGAGUCAUUUCCCAGUCGUAUUUGUUAGAAAAAACAAACUAAUAGUGACUCGCCCGUGAUCCAACAUCUCAUGAACUUGGUACGAGAUUACGAAUUUGAAGGUAUACUUAGCAGAUGACCAAGUUCAUCACCGACAGAAGGUCUGUGCAGCACAAAGGAAUUGCCAGGUAUCCUAGACCAUGAGAGAAUGGGAAUGGGCUUUGCAAGCAAUCUAGACUUGUACGGUGCAAGUCUACCUCCUUAUUUGAAUGUAGUCUUACUACACCAGAUUGCAUUGUGGGGUACCUCUUAGUUUGUGCAUAACCGACUCACAUGGACCAUGUUUGAGAAUGUCUGGUGUUUGUGUAUAUUACCACAGUUUCGCUUCAACCAAUACUAAGAAAUCAACGUAACAAUGUAGAUGCUCGGAUUUUCAAAUUCUUAUUUAGCUGUGGUUUGUGUGGUUUGAAGGCUUCCAGAACAGACUCAUCAGCAUGCAGACGAAGGGAUUGCUGCAUUUUAGUUGGGUUUCAGUAUAGUAGUGUGUCGAUAUUUUUUAGGUUUCAUCAAUGUGGGAAUGAUGUCAAGUGUAAAUAACAAUGGCAUGAGCUCGUUGCAAUCUGAACAUGAAAUUCCAAGUACAAAAUUUUAAAACCACAUUAUUGCUGGAAGAAACUGUACAGAGGAAAUAUGGUAGUGUGAUGGAAACAAGAAUGUGGAUUCACCACGUCCUCAUGUGGAAUUAAAAUGUUACUCUUCGUUUUUUUCUUUUU